CUGGCAGAUGGCUCAGUGGUGAUUCACACGCAACCCGUGGGAGGAGAGAUCAAUAAUCAUCUGUUGGGCUAUAUGGGUGAGAAUCCGAAUGCAUAUCAGGAAUCGUCGCGCAUAAUCUCGCACGUUCGUCACCUGUCGACGGUGAGUCAGUGGCUGGUGUGCGUGGCGCUUUUGCUUUGUCUCAUCUCGAUGCUGGCCAUAUCGAUCGCGAUUCUCAAGCAGAUCAAGGCGAGAAGAUAUCACAAUCUGCGUACCAUCGUUCCAGCGCAAGUGAUCGUGCCUGGACAGCUUGGCGAGCCAAUUCCAGCGAAGAAGAUCCCACUUGGCUCGUCGCCAAGCGCUGCAGAACCCAACACAUACCCACUGAUUCAUGACUCGCCUCCACCGGCGUAUGAUCAACUCUCGAUCCAUAAGGAGCAACCGACGGAUGCAGUAGGCGCAGGUGCAGGCCACGAGGAGACGAUACCUGAAAAGGAACCGACCGCUCACCGCGACGACACGCCCAACAAUGACGAUGGCUCACACCAUCCCAACGCAUAA